AUGGAUUCUUGGGGACUCAUCACAACUGUCCUCCUGACUUGUAUCCUUUUUCUGAUCUUAUCUUUAUGGAACCAUGGGGUCAAAAAUGGGAAGCUCCCACCGGGUCCCAUUCCUAUUCCCAUUUUUGGAAAUCUCCUGCAAUUUGAUUUCAAGAACAUGGCUGCAACAUUCUCUGAGCUGGCUAAAAAAUAUGGCUCCAUAUAUACUCUUUAUUUUGGAACUCAGCGUGUUGUGGUGCUACAUGGAUAUAAUAUCGUGAAGGAAGCUCUAAUUGAUCAAGGAGAUAUUUUUCUGGAAAGAGGAAAUGUACCAAUAUUUGAAGAUUCGAUCAAAGGACAAGGAGUUGUUUUCGGCCGUGGAGAAAGGUGGAAACAAAAUCGGAGAUUUUCUCUGAUGACACUAAGGAACUUUGGGAUGGGGAAGAGAAGUAUUGAAGAGAGAGUUCAGGAGGAAGCCCAGUGCCUGGUGGAGGAACUCAGGAAAACAGAAGGUCAACCUAAUGAUCCCACCUUCAUCCUUGGCUGUGCUCCAUGCAAUGUGAUCUGCUCUAUACUUUUCCGUGACCGAUUCAACUACAAAGAUGAGAGAUUUCUAUAUCUGAUGGGUUUAUUAAAUGAAAACUUUAAACUGUUUACUGACCCAUGGAUACAGGUAAGGUCAGAAGUGUCUUCAUUCAGAGUGCAUCUUCCUGGAAAGCAUAAAAAAAUUUUUAAAAAUGUUGAGCAAAUAAGACACUUCAUUUUGGAAAGAGUAAAGGAGCAUCAAGAGAUACUGGAUCCUAACAACCCUCAAGACUACAUUGACUGCUACCUCUCCAAAAUGCAGCAGGAGAAAGACAAUCUCCCGCCUGAAUUUGACUUGGAGAAUCUUAUAUGGACUGGAUCAGACUUAUUUGUUGCAGGAACAGAGACCACUAGCAGCACUCUAAGAUAUGGUCUGCUGCUUAUUCUUAAGCAUCCUGAGGUCCAAGCAAAAAUUCAUGAAGAAAUUAAUCGUGUGAUUGGACACAAUCGAAUUCCUUCCAUAAAGGACAGGCAAGAUAUGCCCUAUAUGGAUGCUGUGGUGCAUGAAGUGCAAAGAUUCAUUGACCUCAUACCUCUCAACCUGCCCCAUGCAGUGAACAAGGACAUCCAAUUCCAACAAUAUAUCAUCCCCAAGGGCACAAACAUCUUCCCAUUGCUUUCGCCAGUCUUGCGUGACAGUAAAGCAUUCUCCAACCCUGACCAAUUUGACCCUCAGCAUUUCCUGGAUAAAAAUGGAAGUUUCAAGAAAAGUGACCACUUCAUGCCCUUUUCUGCUGGAAAACGAGCUUGUCUUGGAGAGGGCCUUGCAAGGAUGGAGUUGUUUUUGUUCUUCACCACCAUUCUACAGAACUUUACCCUCAAACCAGUUGGAGAUCCAAAUGAAAUUAGCAUUAAGACCAAUCGUGUUGGUUUCACCAAUGUUCCACCACAAUAUCAACUACGCUUUCUUCCUCGCAAAGCAUAAGACACACUUGACUUGGUAAUCUAGCCAACUGAUGUCCUCUUCUGGAUAUGAUACUCUCAUGUUUUUGACUGGGAUCCUUCAGAGGGAAAGAAAAAUUCCAAUCUAUUGAUUAAAUUGAGUCUUGGUUUCCAGAGACCAUAUAGCUUAAUAGAGUACCUAAUGUGCCAUUCAAUAGGAUCAGCAUUAUAGAAAUUCAUUUGCAACCCUUCCCUUACCCCUAUAUAUUCAGCCACCCUCUAAUUCAUACCCCAAUUCCACUUGGAGGGUACAGAGAAAGACUAAAAUACUCUCUACCACCCUAAAUCUAUGUUAAUUUGUAUUUUUUUCUUCAAAUAUCCUCAAGGAAGAUAUCAUUUUGCAUUUUGUCACCCUUCUUUUUAAAUCUGGGAUACAAUAAACAUGAAUAUGUUGCUAGUAA